ACUAGUCGCCUCUGCCGCCACUGCGCGUGUUGCCGUUGGCUUCUUUUAUUGCAUAUUAUGUAGUUCUUAAGCCAAUGGUCAGUAAAACCCAAAAAAGAAAAAAAACAAGAAUAAAUAAAAUCUAUAUACUCCGGAAGCGAGGUCAUCUCCUGCCCCUAAGCAGUCUUCUGCCACUGUCAUUUUCACUUUUUGUUUCUCCCCGUUUGGAUGCGUUAGAAUAGUGGGCCGCGCCAGGGACUUUCCUGGCUCCCUGUGCAAGGCAGUACGGUGCGAGGAGCCGACGCUUCUUGUCAUGUGUGCUGCCCCGACGACUCCGCGGCGCAGACAUCCCAGCUACUUCCAGACGUGGCGCUCCGGUUUCAGCAUGCAGCAGACGGCGCGAGGGUGGCGCUGACCCCACCGGCUGAGGACCUCUGCAGUUUUUUUUUUUAAACCUCUGAAUAAGGCGGCGUGUGACUGUCGGAACAGAAUGAGCGGCAUGCAGCAUAAUGAUGUGAAGAGGCAGCAUCUUCUUGAGCGUCUGCUGGAUGCAGUUAAACAGUGCCAAAUCCGGUUUGGAGGAAGGAAGGAGAUUGCUUCUGACUCGGACAGCAGGGUGAUCUGCUUGUGUGCACAGCUUGAAGCAGUUCUCCACCAUGGGCUACGGAAAACAAAAGGCUUGGCCCUCACUGCAGCAGCCAUCAAGCAAGUUGCAGGGUUCUCAAGCAAGACAGAAUCAGAGUCAUCUUUCUGGCUAUAUGUCAAGGAGCUGCUAAACAAACAUGAGCUGCAGCGUUUUUAUUCCCUGAAAAACAUCAACACAGAGGUGGGAAGGGGCCGAGCAUGGCUCCGAUGUGCACUUAAUGAACAUUCUCUGGAACGAUACCUGCACACUCUGCUUGCUGACCGCAUUCGACUCAGUGUCUUCUAUGAAGACUGGGCUUUCAUAAUGGAUGAAGAACGGUCAAGCAUGCUUCCUACCAUGGCUGCUGGUCUAAACUCCAUCCUGUUUGCUAUCAACAUUGAUAAUGCAGACUUAAAUGGACAGAGCAGAUCUGCUUCCUCUAUGUCCUUACUGCUAAAAGAGUCCACACAGGGGGUGAGCACUCUGUGGAAAGAAUCUGCCCAGGGGGUUAGCAGCUUGUUGAGAGAGAUCACUACAGCCACUUCUACAGUGCCCUCCUUAAUUAGCCGCUCUGAGAAUGAGUUGGAUCCUUUACCUGUGAUACCCCGUUCUGCAUCUGCAGAAAAUAGGAUUAAGAAAGAGCGAAAAAAAAAGAAGAAAAUUACCAACAUUAUUUCAUUUGAUGAUGAGGAUGAAGGCGGUGAUGAAGAGGAGUCAUUAGGUACCAAGGGAACAAGCCGAACAAGCUCCGAAGAGAUGUCUGAUCGGAACAAUCCGUCUCCCUCACAUAAUGGGUCCAGUGGUGAUGGAGAGGGCUGGUGGAGAAGUCACACUUCCAAUGGAGAAUGGACUGAUGUAAAGAAUGCCACCAACGGGGAGGAGGAUGAGGAAAAAUUUGGAAGGUCCUUUAUCAGUGGUGAUCUUGAGGAGGAUGCCAGUCCUGUCCAGCAGCUUGGAGUUGAAAAUUUGUCAAGUUUUUCAACAUGGAGCCCCUUGCAAGUCAUUAGUGAUAACGACAGCUCUGACAUGCUUAUUCCAGUCAGUAUUACUGGUUCCUUGUCACAACCAGAGAUCCCCGGAUACCAAGAGGAAGAUCUUACUGCUGUUUCUGUGGAAAUUGCACAGAAACAGUCUGACACCCAGUACAGCCUGAAACCUACAACGAUGAUGCAGGACAACUACAUAAACGCUACUCUGCCUUCAUCAGUGCUGUCGGAGUCAAUGACCAUUGCUGAGUUACGGCAAGCUAUAAUGGCCAUGAUGAACAGGAAGGAUGAACUUGAAGAAGAAAAUAGUUCUCUCCGUGGUCUUUUGGAUGGAGAAAUGGAGCAUUCAGCAGCCCUGCGACAAGAGCUGGACUCUCUUAAAAGAAAGCUAGGGGAACUGGAUGAACGACAUGUUGGGAAAGUCCAGGCUUUAGGAAGAGAGAAUGAAGUUCUGAAGGUUCAGCUCAAGAAGUAUGUAGGAGCUGUGCAGAUGCUGAAGAGAGAAGGUGCUCAGGCGAAUAAUGGACUCCCUGUGCUCCGGAACUGUGAUGGGGAAGCCGUGAUUCCAGAGCCCAAGGUGACAGAUGCCAAUGAGGACCUUGCAGCCAGUUAUGAGAGAAAACUUAUUGAGGUGGCAGAGAUGCAUGGUGAGCUGAUUGAGUUCAACGAGAGGCUUUACCGGUCGCUGAUGGCGAAGGAUCAGUUGAUAGCUCAGAUGCGACAGGAGCUGAUAGACCUCCGUGGCCCGGUUCCUGGAGAUCUUAGUCAAACGUCAGAGGAUCCUAGCUUGUCAGAUUUUGAAAUAACUCAUCGGGCUCUCAUUAACGUCUGGAUCCCUUCAGUCUUCUUGCGAGGACGGGCUGCCAACGCCUUCCACGUUUACCAGGUCUACAUCAGGAUCCUCGACAAUGAGUGGAACGUCUACAGGCGAUACGCCGAUUUUCACAGCCUGCACCACAAGCUGCGCUCCCGUUUCCCCCAAGUGAAUGCCUUCCACUUUCCACCAAAGAAAGCCAUUGGAAACAAGGAUGCCAAGUUUGUGGAAGAGCGACGGAAGCAGCUGCAGAGCUACAUGCGUAGCGUGAUGAACAAAGUGAUCCAGGGGCUGCCCGAGUUCACCGCCAAGCCCACCAAGGAGACUCUCGUCCGACUUCUCCCCUUCUGCAUGUAAGUGUCGCUGGACCACUGGGAAGGGGGGUC